AUGGUGCGAUUCAACGGGAAUGCGGAGGCUUUUGAGAUGCUCGACAACAGCCUGAUUCGUCUGUAUCUCCGCGCGGGCUGCAACGUCAUGCUGUGCAAUUACAGAGGAGUCAAUCCAACUCGACGGAGCAGAAAGUUCGAUGCGUCAUACUCCACUUCCAGGGAUCUGAAGCUCAAGGAGGACUCGUCAAUACUGCAGAAGACUGUAGGGAAGUUCGUGAGAAAGCUGGAGAGGCUUGUCAACUGGUGUGUAGUGACGGAGAGAGAUAGUAUGAUCUUGGACGCUGAGGCUGUGCUGCAGUAUCUCAUACGAGUUCACCAAGUGCGGAGGUCGCGGCUGUUGGUCUUCGGACAUUCCAUUGGGGGUGCAGUGGCUGCUAUUCUCUCGGACAAGUACCAGACUCCGACAUGCAACAGCCGAUCCUUCGCCAGGCUGUCCAAGAUUGUGAGUGGGUGGGAAAUGGAAGUGGCACGACGAUGGCCAAGAAUUUGCCGAAGCAAAUGGACGGAGUACUGUGUCGGGGACAAGAUUAUCCCUUACACAUGCUCGCUGCAUCACGCCGUGCACAAGAUGAAGGGAGACGUCCCAGCAUCAGGUUCCAAGGGCAGUUCCCUCUCCCUGGAGGUGCUGGAUGCCGACAAUCAUAACAGGAUCUACACCAAGACUGAGCUAGCAAAGCAUGUCAGUUUGAUGCGCAGAGCUCUGAGGCUUUCAGCUCGAGCGUGA